AUGAGCGCGGGUGGCUCGCGGCUCACCAGUGCCACGGCGCUGCCUGAGGACUCAAAGCACACUCAGGACUGGCAGCUCUUCGCGAGCACCAGCUGCCAGUCCUGCUCGGUGACCACCGACGCAGCGGCGGUGCUCAGCCAAGUGUCCUCCUCCCCCACGGCACUGCACAAUAUGGCGACGGUGGCUGGAAGCCGAGGCGCCUCCGCUUUCGGCUCCUUCGCCACGGGGAAGGCGCUGCGCGGCGCCUGCCGCGCCGGCGCCUUCGCGGGGCCCACGGCGGGCCAGGCCCCGGGCCACGUGCAAGCGAAUCUGGUGAUCCUUCCGGGGCGCUACGCGGAGCAGUUCUCAGACUUUUGCGCCCAGAACAGCGCCCCCUGCCCGCUCCUGGAAGCCACGGCGGUGGGCAGCUACGAGCCGACCCGCCUGGCGCCGGGCGCGGAUUUGCGCACGGACCUGCCAAAGUACCACGUGUGGCGGGAAGGUGAGAUGGUGGAGGAGCGAACUGAGGUGCUUGACCUCUGGCGUGACGACAUGCAGGGCUUUCUCCUUGGAUGCUCCUUCACCUGGGAGGAUUUGCUGGCGGAGGCCCAGCUCAUGCCACGCCACAUCCAGGAGCAGCGGAACGUGCCCAUGUUCAACACCUCCAUCAAGUUGAGGAGUUCAGGCCCGUUCCAAGGCAACAUGGUGGUCUCCAUGCGACCCUACCGACCAGAAGAUGCCGCGGGCCCGGUGUCCGACAUCACGGGAAGGUAUUUGGCAGCGCACGGCCCCCCGGUGCACAUCGGAGAGCCUGCGGAGAUCGGCGUCAAGGAUCUGUCCAAGCCCGACUACGGUGAGGCGGUGUCCCUGCGCGCCGGCGAAGUGCCAGUCUUCUGGGCCUGCGGCGUGACCCCGCAGAAUGCGCUGCGCAACGCGCGGCUGCCCUUGGUGAUCACCCACGCGCCGGGGCACAUGUUCGUGGGCGACGUGCGCAACGACGAGCUGCUCAGCUGGCCGGUGCCCGGCUCCUGGAAUGCGCGGCCCACGGAGUGA